AUGGUUACAGUUAGCUGUAUGGCCGCGGUUGUGGAUUUCUUCGAUAAAAAGUUUGUUCGCAAAGUCUCUAGAACCAAAGAAUCGAAAAAUUUGAACGAACUGAAAAAUGGACCAAAUUUAAAUCAUGGUCCGACGUUAGUUAUCCACGGUGGAGCAGGAACCAUGAGACGCAAAGACUAUCCACCGGAGAAGAGACGCGAAUAUUUCCAAUCACUUGAGGAGUCAUUGAUUGCCGGGUACAAGAUUUUAUUGGACGGCGGUAGCUCCAUAGAUGCUGUUGAAGCGGCCGUCAGAAUUAUGGAAGAUUGUCCUCUAUUUAAUGCUGGAAAAGGAAGCGUAUUCACAAUCGGCGGAAAGAACGAAUUAGAGUCUUCAAUCAUGAUAGGAACACCACUUCACCCAGCUGGAGCAAGCACACUGCUUCACACUGUAAAAAAUCCAAUCACAUUAGCAAAAACGAUUCUUCUCGAUCCGGAAUGUCGUUAUGUGUUCCUUGGUGGUUCUGAAGCUGAAAAAUACGCUAAAGAUAAAGAGUUGGAAAUUGUGGACCCUGGAUACUUUUGGACAGAGCAUCGUUGGCGACAACAUCUGGAAGGAUUAGAAAAACAGAAACCUGCAUCAUCAGAUUUUUUAAAUACUCUCCCGUCGAAGGAUGAGCUUGAUGCGAAUCCUAAAGGAACUGUGGGUGCUGUUGCUGUUGAUAAAUAUGGGAUUAUCGCAUCGGCUACUUCAACUGGUGGAUUAAAUAACAAGAAAGAUGGACGGAUUGGAGAUACUCCAUUAAUCGGAUGCGGAACAUGGGCUGACAAUGAGACAUGCGGUGUUAGUGGAACUGGCAAUGGCGAGUUUUUCAUAAGAUUCGGAAUCGUUCAAGAUGUUGCAACACGAAUGAAAUAUCUCGGAGAGAAUGUGGUCGAUGCGGCUGUAAACGUAGUUGAGGAUAUGAAAAAAGUUGGCGGAGAAGCUGGUGUUAUUGCAGUGGAUAAAUAUGGAAAUUUUGCGAUGCCAUAUAAUAGCUUGGGAAUGUAUCGAGGAUAUAUUCGUGUGGCGGAAGGGAUUCCACAUACUUUUAUUUUUGACGAUGAGUUAAAUCUAAUUUCGGAUUAA